AACUUUAAAAGUCGCUCUCGUGGAUAUUACGUGGAUAUUAUUUGCGACAACAACCAUGUCGUCAGCGAUGCUUGUUAAGCGUCAGUUAACCAAAGUGAUAAACAGAUUCAAAUUCGAGGAACUGGAAAGUGCUGUGAUACCCGUUUUUCCAGAGACAUCAUGGUCUCGCGUCAGAUCCAAAUUGAUUAAGAAUCACAAGACUUUUACGGUAGCUAAUGCAGUGCACGUUAUCCAGGAUAUUCUUGAUAACACAGAUUUAAGUUUGAAAGAUUUACAUGACAGAUUGACAACACUGGAAGUAACAUAUAUAAGCAGACAUAACAAUAAAAGAAUAUGGUAUGGAUACAAAUUGUCAGGAUUGAAUAAUGAGUUGAGGCAUCUUGAUAGUCAAGAGAUACAGGAAGGUAUCAAAAAGGAAUUUUAUUCGAAUGGUUUGGACAUGGAUAUAAAAGCUGUAAUGUAUGACAGUAUCAUGUUUAUAUGUGUUAAGGAGAAGAAAAAGAAAAAGAAAGCACAAUAUCUCCUAUUGCCAACCUAUUUCGCCUUGUUUUUCGGACAAAAGUAUUUUUUUUGCUCAAGGAAGAAUGUAUCAGUUGAUUAUAUAAAAACGAUAGCUUUCAAUCUAGGUUAUAAUAAUAGCAAAAGAAUCAAGCUGAUGGGCAAGGACCUCAAAUCUUUAAUAAAAUUAUUAUGGAUUAAGCAACAAAAUGUUUUACAAGCUGGAGAUAUUAAUCAACCACCUGUUUACCAACCGUCUAACCCUGUCAUCAGUAAUAAUGGCACAGAUUAUACGCAGAGCAAACAACGGAAAAAAUAUGCAGAACAGUGUUUUGGCAAAGAUCCUCCAAUUCUAGAGAAGCUUGUUAUAAAGGGGCCAGAGGAAUCUAUAAAACAUGAUAGUGUAGCUUCGAAGUUGCCUACUAAUAAUAUACGUAUGAACUGGGAAUUUCGUAGUCACAACAUGGCAAGGUUUUUAACCGCCUUAAUUGAAAGACGUGCGUUUAUGCCGCCAUUACCUGAUUAUAUAUCUAAUUUUAUGAUAAUGGGAAAAAAUGAGUUAACACUUCAGACUGAGCAGCAAACUCAGUCAUAAAUAUGAAUUUUAUUGUAAUAACAAAAUUAAACAUUGACAUCUUAAAGCUGGCCACACACGUUCAAGCAUUUCACAAAUUUGCUUGAACAUGACUGAGACUGUGUACUUAAGAAUCCUCAAUAUAAAAUCCGAUAUAUCGUUUUAU